GCAACUUCAGCAAUCUGUCCUGUGAGCUCCAGCAUGGAUGACAUUUACAAGGCUGCGGUAGAGCAGUUGACAGAAGAGCAGAAAAAUGAGUUUAAGGCUGCCUUUGACAUCUUUGUGCUGGGUGCUGAGGAUGGCUGUAUCAGCACCAAAGAGCUGGGCAAGGUGAUGAGGAUGCUGGGCCAGAACCCCACGCCAGAGGAGCUGCAGGAGAUGAUCGAUGAAGUGGAUGAGGAUGGCAGUGGCACAGUGGACUUUGAUGAGUUUCUGGUCAUGAUGGUACGGUGCAUGAAGGAUGACAGCAAAGGGAAAUCUGAGGAGGAGCUGUCGGACCUCUUCCGCAUGUUUGACAAGAAUGCUGAUGGCUACAUUGACCUGGAGGAGCUGAAGAUGAUGUUGCAGGCUACAGGUGAGACCAUCACAGAAGAUGACAUUGAGGAGCUCAUGAAGGAUGGCGACAAGAACAAUGAUGGCCGCAUUGACUAUGACGAGUUCCUGGAGUUCAUGAAGGGUGUGGAGUAAGCUGCUGACCUUUGCCCAAAGCUGCCAAUGCCCACCUUCCCGCUCCAGACAGACUCUGGGUUGGGGCAGGAGGGCCAGACUCUCUAGGCCCUGAGCCUGGCUGUGUCCUUGACCCCUGGCCCUCCUCACCCCCUCUUUACCCCUGUCCUGUAGAGUGCAAAUAAAGCCUUGUCCC